ACACUCCGCUGACAGCUCACCGGCAGAGAUCAGCUUCACUGCCAGCUCCGGCUCCUUCACACGGAGUUCACCCGGACGAACGGCCGCAUCGACCGGCUACCGGCCCGUCCUGCUCCCGGUGUGGUUCUGUGCUCGAGGAAUCUCUCUCCUGGAGGUUUCAUAACGGCUGCAGGCGGGUCUCCAAGCGGUGCAUUAACUUGAGAGGUGGACAGAAGGCGUCAGGAUGCUGUGGCUGCUGCUCUCUCUGCUUCCUCCGUUGGGCAGCAGCAGAAUCGUCGCCCAGAACGCCUCUUACAGAGAGCGACAGAGCGAGGAGCUUGUCAUGACAACGAGGCCUCACAUCUACCACUGCCGCUCGCCCAACAUGGAGGACUUCUCCUGCUGGUGGCAUCCGCUGGACAACCUGACGGAGGGAGAGCAGGUCACCUACGUCCUUACAUACUCCAAAGAUAAGGGGCCCAAACACGAGUGUCCGGACUACGUCAGCGCCGGCGCCAACAGCUGCCACUUCGACAGCAGCCACACGUCCAUUUGGAAGAUCUACUGCUUGAACGUGACCGCCGUCACCGCCCACAGGAACUACACUUCCCAGGAGCACUGCCUGGACGUGGCAGAGAUAGUUCAGACCGAAGCGCCGGUGAAUCUGACCUACGUGCUGACGGAUGCCGGCGGGGAUGAAAUGGGCCACAACGCGCUGCUGUCCUGGACGUACCCGGAGCCCUCGCACCUGCAGUACGGCUGGAUCACGCUGGUGUACGAGCUGCAGUACAGGAGGGUCACUGACAGCGACAACUGGAAGGUGAAGUAUCCUGUGCGGGAGCCCCACGUGGAGCUGCUGGGCCUCCCCGUCGGAGACUACGUGGUGCGGGUUCGCUGCCGCUCGCACAACUACGGCCUGUGGAGCGACUGGAGCUCCACGCGGCUGAUGAGCAUCCCCGCCAGGCCGCCUGCAGGGAAACUCCUGGUGCUGAUCCUGGUGACAGGAGUCGGGGUCGUGGCUCUGCUGGUUUUCGCCUUCGGUAUCGUUCCACAAAGCAAGAGAAUAAAAGACUACUUCCUGCCGCCCAUUCCAAAGCCGCGGAUCCUCGGCAUCGACCCGCUGCUCCUGAAGAAGGGGAACUUGGAUGAAGUCAACCGUCACUUCAGUAACUUCCACAGCUACAGACCCCCGAGCUACACAGAGGAGGUCUGGGAACACGUCAGCGCCAAUGACGUCUAUCUGGCCCCGCCGAAGGACUGCGGCGUCCCGGGAGAGCCCACGGACCAGGAGAGGGACGCCCUGAUGGCGCCGUGCGGCAGCGUGACGCCUAUGGCGGCCCAUUGCAAGCUCACAGCCAAGCAGCUGACGUUGUACGUGCAUAGCCUGCCGCCCUACUGCUCCUCGCCGCCCGACGCCUUCGCCCCGACGCUGGACGUGUCGGCGCCGUGGCUGCGGCCAGAGAUCGUGUCUCUGCCGGGGACGGAGUACAGCGUGAUGGGGCAUCCACGCCUCCCUGCUCCCGACGCUACUCCUGACGCCACCAGCUGCUCGCCACAGAGCUUCUACACCUGCGUGCAGCUCAUGAAUGAAAGCGGCGAGGUGCACCUGGUGCCCUGCCUGCCGCCGCCGGCGUACGGCCGCGAGUUCCCGCCUCUCCCCAGGUCCAAAUCAGACGCACGGGAGAAGGAGGCCAAGAAGAAGAAGCUGGCCGACAGCCGAGCCAGGACAGACGUGAUGAAAGACGGAGGCGAGGCUGAGAGAGGCGAGGCGGCGGUCCCUCUGCUGCCCGUUGCUGUCGAUAACAAAGGCUAAGCCCCAAAACCACAAAUACUGUGAAACCUGUUGCCGUGGUCGCAGAGAGAGAAGAGCACCUGGGGGUCUUUAAAAACAGGAAGUGUUCCUGCAGGACGUCUUUUUUUAUUUUGUCCCGACUGUGUUGAAAACACGUCAACUAACUCUGAGAAACCUAGUUUCUGGUGCAAUAAACAGGGCUGAGUUUAGGUGAGUUUGAUUUGUAAAAAGUUCCUCUGGACCUCAACUGCUUUCUGUUUUUGGUAACUCUGCUCACCAAACCUGGGGAGAUUCACAUCAAACCUCAGAGCAGAUUUCAAAACUAAAUUGUUGCAAACAAGCGCUCCGUCCAGAAGAAGCGAGUUUGACACCUUCACAUGAAAUGAUUUAUGGGUAAUGAAGUUUGUACACUUUAAAAAAGAAGAAAGAGUGACAUACAUUCAAUUCCAAACCGUCACAUUCAGCAUCUCGAAGGUCAGGAAGACCGAGAUUACCUUGGUAUUUUAUUCAGCUUUCUUUUGUCUCCGUCUGUGUUUACAUGCUUUAAUAUUCCAGAUAUUAGCCUUACCUCGUUCUGUAUAGUUCUGUAUAAGCGUCUUUGCACAUUCUUUAAUUUCCCUGCUGUGUUCAACAAACUCAAAUAUCAUAUUCCAGCUAGCUUCCACACCAUUUUCACGUUCAGGACAUAUGGGCUUGUUCCGUUAAUAUGCACGCGAAGGCGCGUCCAUGUGCCAACUCAUUAGUUUGAUUAUCCUGAACAUGAAAGGAAUAUGAAUGUCUCACUCUGUCUCAUGUUCUCUCUCUGGGAGCUUUAGAGUCCCACACAUGUUCAAUCCAACAAAACACAACUCAGUCAGGUCAGGAACACCGAAAAAGUUACACAUCCUCAGGAAAACGCCAGCUGUGAAUUUAAGCUGGAUUUCUGUUCGUCACGCUGGUUUUCAUAUAAAUAUAUUCCAUAAAUCGGUCACUGUGUUUUCUGAACUCUUCAAACUGGACCAGUUUGGAAGUAGCAGCCUCUCUGAUUAAAAAAGCAUCAUUUAUUUUUUUAAUGGGUCAUUUUAACACUUUUGACUUGAAGAAGGAAAAUCUUUUUCUGUUCUAUUUUACAAGUUCAGCCCCUCUGCACCUUCGUCAAGAGUAUUUUCCUUUCUUCUUCUUUCCUUCUUCAAGUCUGAGAUAUAAUCCAACGCAAGUGCAUCGACUUGUUGGAUGUGCGAAUUGUUUCUUUGUGAACACAUUUAAAUUUACACUAUUACAAAAAGUAUUUUGUAUAUUAUAUCAUAUAGAUGCUGAAUAACCAACCUCAGGUAGUGUUUUCUAUUUAUUUCUAAAAAUGGAAGUAUUUUGGAUUAAAUUUACCCAACAAAUUCAACAUUUCUAAAACAAAACGACACCUUUUGUAGUAAGUUUUCUCCUCCUAUCCUCACGUUUCUGAGACUGUAAUGAAGAAGAGGAGGAGGAGGUGGAGGCAGGAUAAGAAGGAUGUUAGAGAGUAAAACAAACCUGAACCUUUCCAGCUUAAAAAGUCCAAAACGUGAUGUAGUUUUAAACGUCAGCAGCUGGAUACUUUAACCACAGUGGUACCGUCAGUGUGUGUAUUCAUUCUCAAAGUAUUCAUUCUAUAGGUACCGUGUUGAUGGAGUUGCUCUCAGGCAGAUUGAGGUGCUAAUCUGGGAUCAAUGGUAAGUUAUAUUGACCCAGAUGGUCCAGAAAGAAAGAAAGAAAGAAAGUAGACUCCACUGUAUUUCUCUCACUGCUGUUGCCGUUAGAUGUCGUGCUGUAUCUUCUCGUGCCUGUAUGUGCCUUUUUUUCACAGAGCAGUAUUUGUUUAACUCCUCACCGCCUGGAAAUGCUUUCAUGUGAGGAAAAUGGUUAUAUGACUCUUUGUAUAUAUAUAUAUACGUACACAUAUACAUAUAUAUUAGGGCUGUCCUCGACUAAAGAUCUUCUUAGUCGACUAACCAACAAAACGAUUUUGUGUCGACUAAUGGAUUAAUUGAUUUAAUCGACAGAUCUCCACAAAGAAUCAUGUUAAAGCACCACUUUAAAUCUUGUUUACCAGAGAUGUCCUCAGAGGUUUCUUGGAAAUAAAUCAUUCAGCAUGAAAAAGCAUAAAAAAUGACAAAACUCUUCAUGGACUAAGACUAAAGCGACCGAUUGGUCGACUAAUUGUCUGAGAGGAAGCAGCCCUAAUAUAUAAACGUGUGCUGUGUUGAACAUGUAUUAAAAACCUGCUCAGUGUCCAUUUUUUCACCUUUUAUUGUGACAGAACCACUAAUACCACUGAACUUUCUUCUUGUCAGACAAAAGCACUUUGGAUUAUAUGCAAUAAAAAGUGAAAACGCA